AUCACUUUUAUAAGCACACAAGAGAAACUUGCCAACAGAUUCUUCCUCAGGCACAGCGUCUCAGCUCUCCAUAUACAAACGCGCGCGCACGGCCGACGGACAUAUACUUUGAGAGAGAGAAUGGUGACGCUGGUGGUGGCAACAACCACCGAUCCGGCCUCAAUCGGCCCCGCCGCCGCCCUCCUAGCCAUGGCCGGUUGGCAACCCGGUCCUUCCUUCCAGGGUAUAAGAAGCUUCGUGAACGGAGAGGUGAGACUGUUGGAGCACGACAACAGCAUCGUCAAAGAAGAUCACUUGGACAAGCGUUGGGCAGAAUUCACAUCUGAAGGAGUCGAUGAGAUUAUUUUCCUCAGCAGACACAGCGCCGUCUCCAAUCGCCCUGCCCUCACCCUUCACCCAAUCGGAGUACCGCAUUUGUGUGAAGGGGAUGUGCCACCACAAGGUGGGAAGCCAGGAUGGGCAGCGCCCCCGAGUCCUCGGAUUGGGCCAUGGCUCAAGCUGUUGAAAAGAAUAGCCGAAUCUCGUGGCCUGGUUCCUGAGUUUGAGGUUACUUUGGAGGCUACACAUCAUGGACCAGAAACAAAUAAACCAGCAAUGUUUGUGGAGAUUGGUAGUACAGAAGAGUAUUGGGGGAGGAAGGAUGCAGCUAAUGUUAUUGCUCUAUUAGUUUGGGAAGGACUAGGGCUUGGUGGAGGAACUUCUGUUGGGAGCUGGAGCAGCAAGAAGGAUAAGGAGAAAGUUCUUCUUGGUAUAGGGGGUGGGCAUUAUGUACCUCGGCACAUGGAUAUAAUUUGGAAAGAUGGUGUUUGGGUGGGCCAUCUUCUCUCCGGAUAUUCUUUGCCAAUGGAAGAUCCAACCCACUCAAAAGUAGAAAUAAAUGCACAAGGUAUUGGUGGGACUUGGCGAGAGGCUAUAAAAGUUUCAUUCGAGGCCACAAAAGCAGCCUUUCCCGGUGGUGACAUUCUGGCACAUCUUGAUCACAAGAGUUUCAAGAGCUGGCAAAAAAAUGCUAUCACAGCUUACCUAGGAGAACAAAACAUCAAAAUUGGCAAGCCAGCUGAUUUCUGCUGAUACUUUUGAUCGUUGCCAUAGACAGCUCACUUAUUGCGGACGUGGGAAGCUUGGUAGUGCAGAAUCCUAUACGCUUUUAUUCAACUUAAUUUUCAUAACACAAAUCAGUAGAGUAUAUUCGAAACUAGAUUUUGAGAACAAAUUCGAAUCCGGACAGAAGUUGAUUUAAAAUUCUUAUUGUUGAUGUCCUUGGAAAAGUCUUCUUUUGUAACUGAGAACUGAACCCUAAUUUAGAUUUAUGUGUAUGAGACAUAUCAAUGAAUGGACGGAGAUUGGACC